AUAAACAAAUCGGAGCAUCAAGCUAAAAGUGUUUCCAGGUAGAUUUCUACAGUGGCCACCAAACGGAAAAUAUGGCAACAAUUGUGCGCGAGAAGCCAGACAGAGAGCCGUUUGAUUGGACCCCGGAAGAGGAAGUGCAGCUGUUUUUUGCGAUGGAGGGAGUCAAACCCGUUGGUGUUAAUCGACACUUCUAUAUGGCCUGUAUCACCGAGCGGCUGUGCAAGGCUCUUCAGCGAGAAAUCACGAGCGAUGCGAUAUGGUCCCACUUGCGGUCCAUGUACAACCUUAAAGUUCUCGAUAAGCAGGAGUAUGCACCAUUUCUGAACGAGGAAUGCGAUUUCGGUCUCCCGGAAGCAGACUUCGGAACAGCCAUAUUGCGCCGAAAGCAGGAGGAUACGGAAAGAAUCGUACCCGCGUGGAUGACCGGCGAAACAGAAGCAAAACAUGUCGAAAUUAAGUCUGAUCAACCGGUUUUAAAAGUAUCCGCUACCAAAAUACCUGUGGCGGCGAAGGACAGUAAAGAAACGGAACGUGAAGAAGGACCGAUGGACGGCAAGGACACCCGUGAACAUCCACCAAGUAGCGGCAAAAUCAAAAUUAAGGGCACCGACAGUAACGGAGCUGAAGGUGGUGCGAAACGCGCACAAAAGCGAACUCGUGGGUCUAUGUCAAUUGAACCAGUCCACUCGACCACUACCAGUCCGGCCAACACACCGCCCAACGGCCCGAGUACAAAGCGAAGACGAAUCUAGCUGUCGGAUCAUUGAGUAGAUCUCGAAUUAGUUUAGCCUGUAUAUAACCUAAUAGCCGCCGUCACCUAUCUGUGAGCGCUGCUGUGAACUGUGAAACCAUGCACACGCUUUGCAUGCCAUACUCGGUUACAAAUAUAA